AGUGUGUUAUUCAAGCGCUCCAAGUAACAGUAAAAAAAAUAAAAGUGACUGAGCACUUUCCAAAACAAAACUUGUACUUUGAACUCGUUCACCUUAUUACAAAUAUUAUCGUCAUCACUGUUAUCAGUUAGAAUCAUUCCGGAUAGUACAAACUUUUGAAAAGUUCAAAUGUUCUUCAAAAAAGCGCUUUUCUGUUACUUAAACAAAAAUACCGUAGCUGCUCGCAAAAUAGCCACAAAGAGAGAAGUCUGUGAAAUUCGUAUUCCUGUACAAUGGGGUCACGUUGCUGGUAAAUGGUGGGGGCCCAGGGACAAAAGGCCGAUCUUAGCAUUACAUGGAUGGCAGGAUAAUGCCGGUACAUUUGAUAGAUUAAUACCAUAUUUACCAUUUGAAACGCCCGUUUUGGCGAUAGACGCUCCUGGUCAUGGCUUAUCUUCACAAAUACCCCAUGGAAUGACGUAUCAUGGUACAGAUAUAUUGCGAUUACUAUAUGAAAUUGUACGUUUUUUCGAAUGGUCUAAAGUUUCAUUUUUGGGCCAUUCCAUGGGUGCAAUUUUAAGCGCUCUUUUUACAGUGCACUUUCCAGAUCUGGUAGAUUUUAUUAUUUGUAUUGACAAUUUAAAGCCCCUUUCUCUAAGGGAAAAUGCCAAAGACUUAGAGGCAAAUGUAAAAGAAAUGGAAUUAUUUAUAAAAUAUAAUCAAUUGAAUUCCUCAGCUUUACAACCUCCAGUUUAUACAUGGGAAGAUUGUGUAAAGAACUUAUCGGAAGGAAGUAAAGGAUCAGUCUCAAUAGAAUCGUGUAAAUACUUGCUUUACCGAAAUCUAAAGGAAUCGCAAACUGAACCAAAUAAGUUUUACUUUACAAGGGAUCCACGAAUUAAAGCAAUGAAUGUGUCUAAAAUCAAUCAAACUCAGAGUGUUGAGUAUUACAAAAGAAUAAUUUGUCCAAUUUUAGUAUUGAAAGCUGAUAAAAGUCCAUACGAUCGUAAUAAAGAAAAAUUUUUCGAAGUAUUAGAAGUUGUUAAAAAAAGCAGUAGGGGUUGUAAAUUCUUUUACGUGCCUGGAACUCAUCAUGUUCAUUUAAAUAAUCCUGAAGUUGUAGAAGGUCACAUAAAUGAUUUUCUUAAAAUUUAUGAUACAGGUAAUAGAGGAGGUAUUCCAUUAAAAAAAGAAAUAUUUUUGUAAUAAAAUGUAACCACAUACUACAUUGGUAUUGUAAAUUUGUUAUUUUUUUUUCAGUACAUUAUGAAUAGUUUCUUAUAAAUUAUUUGUUUUUAUAUUUUAAGGAUAAAAAUAAUCAGUGUACAAAAAGAAUUUCCGUGUCAAUUAAUUAUGUCGAUAAUUUGCCUUAAAUUAUUAGUAUUUUAUUACUUAGAUGAAAUAUUGUG